ACGUAUGACCUCUAGUUUAGUAUACCUACACUGAUUUUACCGCUCAUUUAAUAACAAGAACAAUGACCCUAGCACACGUAAUACCUAGUUAUGUUUUUUAUUCUUAUUUGCGAUUGCUGAAUAUAAAACUAUUAACCGGCACGUUUAACCAAAGCUCGAUAAAUCUGUUCACGGUACUCGUCGCCAAAUUGCCGAUUUCCAUGUAAGUAAAAUAAUUGGAGCUAAUAACAUCUAAAAGUGAACUGUGGAAUGUGACCGUCAUGUUUGCGUUACAUCAACGCAUUGACGGACCGUAGUGCACUAUGCGACGAUUCCGAGUGAUUAGACAGUGUGUAGCCGUGUUCGAAAGACAAUCUAUUUGUGUCAUCAUGUCCUUAUUUUUUUAAUAGAUCACCAAGCAUCCCCCGCAGCGGCAGCGCGGCAAGACACGAGUCGUGUCUCAAGCUGCGGCGCCCUACGCACGUGCUCGCCCGUGUCUAGUGACUGUGCACUUACACCAAACUUAAUCGUACCUAAAUAUUCAAAUGACUCUAAUUCAAAACCCAAGUGAAGCAAAAGGCGAAACAAUGGAGGGGUCCCCGGCCAAAGAGGACAGCGUCAAGUCCUUGAGGCCGGUGAGAAACAGACGAUACACACGAAGGAGUCUAGUUGCAGGCCAGCGGCCUCAGAAAAGGUUAUUCACGCCAGAAAUAAAGCGGUAUUUAAAGGAUUGGCUAGUGCGUCGAAGAGACAAUCCCUAUCCUAAUCGAGAAGAAAAGAAAUACCUCGCGGAUGAAACAGGCCUUACCUACAUUCAGAUUUGCAACUGGUUUGCCAACUGGCGGCGCAAACUGAAAAACGUGAACGCGGAUCGAAACCAACAAACAUGGGGCCACCUCAUCCGCACAUACAACGACCGCGCUCAGGGCAACGUGGAGCAGUUCAGCAUCAGCUCCGACGAUAGCAUCUGGAGCGAACCAGAGCCGACCAGCUCCAACUACGAAUCAAUAGACUUCGAGACUGAACACGACAGCCCGGAACCACACUACCAAGAGGACUCCGACUCCUCCAUACAUUCUAAAGAAAAAUGCGAAUUUUUCAACAACAACUCCUAUAGCGAGCAGCAACAAUGUCUAGGCGAGUCGAAGAAAAUCACGAGUCCCUUACUCCUUAGCAAGUGGUUGGAGAGCGCAGCGAGGUUUCAGCCGAGUGAGAUGAACUACUCGUGGUGGGCGGACGGGAAGCGGCGGCGGGUCGAGGCGCGCCCGCAGCGGGUCGUCAACACCACGUCCAGGCACGACCGGGACGAGGUGGAGGCUGCGGUGGCCCUCACGGCCCUUGCUAGCGCCACCACGCGCCUCAUUGCCCCGUAGAACGUUCGUACUUACCACAACUUUUAUGUGAUUUUCUUCACCCCGUACAAUGCACUGAUAUGUGCUACUUGAUUGAUUAAAUGUCCUGUACUGCCAUAAUUCGACACCUUGCCACACGAGCUGUUUCAGAAGCA